UAGGAGCAGGUUGUUAGUCUCUGGAUGUCGCUAUUUAACUGAUCCCUAGUUUCGGGGAGAAAGGGCUGUAUCGGAUGACUUUCUUUUUUCCGCGUUUGAGUAAAAGAUCGUCUUCCUUCUAGAUCUCACCUGUCUGCCGUGCAUCAUGUCGUCCUCAAGCGACACGACAAAGAGAAGAGGUAGUGAUGGAAGCAUUGCUUCAAAUACUCCAGAUUUGUCUAUGAGAAGAUUCGUGUUGGUCGGAUUGACUGGAGCAGGUAAAAGCUCCUCUGGAAACACCAUCCUGGGCAGAAAAGCCUUCAGGGUAGCGAAAAGUGCUUCCUCUGUAACCAAAGAGUGCUCGAAAGAGACGGAAAACGUGGCUGGCAGAGAGAUAACCGUAGUAGAUACGCCUGGUAUGUUCGACACCAGUGUUUCAGAGGAGGAUCUUCUCAAACAGAAGAUCGGUAAAUGUAUAACCAUGACCACACCGGGACCUCACGCCAUCAUCCUGGUCAUUCAGCUGGCCCUCUUCAGUGAAGAAGAGAAAGAGUCAGUCAAGAUGAUCCGAGCUAUAUUUGGAGAAGAAGCAGAUAAACACACAUUCGUCCUCUUCACUCACGGCGAUCGGGUGACCCCCGCUGAUAUCGAGGGAGGUGGUGAACACCUGAAUGAAAUCUUGAGUCUCUAUAAGCGACGUUAUCACGUCUUCGAUAAUGAAAACAUGCAGGAUCGCGAUCAAGUUGUAGAGUUUCUGGAGAAGGUGGACGACAUGAUCGCUGCCAACGGAGGUCAAUAUUUCACCAACGACGCUUACAAGGACUUGGAGGACAUGCUGACAACCAAAGAAAACAGACUGAGGGAGGAAUUUAGCGUGAAAUUACAAAGCUUACAGAGCGACCUGGAGUCAAGGUUCGCUGAAGAGAAGAAGAAGCAGGACGACAGGAUGAACGAGUUCAAGAGGUAUUAUAACGCAAGGCUCCGAGAGAUCAGACAGGAGGCUCAGCAGAAACAUGUUCACGACAGUAAAGUGAAGACGAUUGUGGACAAGAUCAUUGACAAAAUAAUAAAUAAAUGACACGCAUUUACAAAGCAAACCGGUUAAUUAAUAACAGUAUUAUUCAAAUCUGUUUUGUACCUUCUGACAUCCACCAUAAUAAUCAUGAUAAUCCUUAAACACUGCAUUAAACAUUAACAUAAAGUCCAAGUGUACAUAACUAAUUAAAAACAACUAAAUAUAAUCAAGUGUCAGGCAGGGAAUGCUGGGAACAUCGGUUUACAGGUUGACUGUAAAUUAUGCAUCAGUUGCUUUUGUUUGCUUUUAAAAACUGUCCAAUAACAGCAUUUUACAGUAAAAUGACAUGAAAGGUCUGGUUAGAUCUUUGGGUUUUCUCUUGUAUAUAGUACGGGAACGUACUGUUUUUACAGUUCCACUUCUUUUAGUUACAGUUGCGCAUUUCCACAUCAUUCCAGUUUAACGUGUAUAAGGCUUACAGAGUGUACAAUAUUGCUUGAAAAUAAACUUUUACCGUAAAUUUAA